AAAAUCCAAUAACAUCAAUCAACAUGCAUACUCCUCCUCUCACUAGACCUCCCCAUCUCUUCGAGAGACAGGAAGCCCACAUCAAAGUCAACGAUCUAGAAUUUGCUGUUUGCAAGUUACUAUUCUUUUUUAUCAAGGACCUUGUGGAACGCCAGGUUGUGGAUGAAGGGCAUCAGGCCCGCUUCUUGAUACUUACGUCCUGUAUUAGACCCGAGAUCAGAGCCGACCUAACGAUUAAUCAAGUCAUAUUCCAUGGCAUCCUAGGCCAGAUACCGAGUUCUGUCCUUAGCCGACAUUCACAUGCAAUUUUUCGUCCGAUCGUUGACCUUCUCUAUCUCGUCGUCAAGGGUCCACUUCCGUCAAAUCGACUAGAAGGCAUAAAACCAUUUGGGAAGAUAGAAGUCACACAAGGUCUCGAGGCUAUAUAUCGGAGUCCAGGAGUAUGUCCUCACCUGGCAACAGAACCGAUAUUAAACCACCAUUUUCACUUCUUCGCCUGCAACCUUUUCAUACUUGACUUAACGGAGGACCUAACAUUCUUCGUUUGCGCAAUGCGCGACGCAUUAGAAACCAGUUGGGACAAUCCCCGGCGCAUCAAGAACCUAUUCCGCCCCGUCGCCCAGUGGAUUCUUCCUCUUGGAGACAUACUCAUGUUCUAUACCGGCCGCUGCUUCUGGUCCUUACCACUCUUCAUAGAGCAUGGGGAACUGUACAGUCUUCAACUCUGCAGGACUCACGGCAAGAAACACCCGAUACCAGGCCUAACGCCAGACCGCUGGCGUUUCUGGCAGCGACGCGUCGAUGAGACCAUGAUCUUCCUCAUGGAUUUCGAGCGCCCAAUCAAAAGUCCGCCUGAUGACGCCGCCAAAGCUGUUUCUGAGAAGUUAAAAGAGUUAAUGCUCAUGCUGGAGGAGCCUAGGCCGUCUCCGUGUGAAAAAGAGAUGGGGAAAGAGGAUACCUAGCAGCGUAUAACAUUUAACUGCGUACCUAGAAUUGUUACUUUACCUAACUUCAUCCAUAUUUUGAUAGCGAAAGGGGGCGUCGUGAAUGAUUUUUGUUGGAUCCUAUUGGCGAAGGGUCGAAUGUUAGUCUUUAGGAAAACAGCGACUUUGCCAUUACCGGUUUCUUACACGCAUGGGCUUAUUUUCUUUAGUGACGACUAACUACAGUAACG